AUGGACGACGAUGAGAUAGCAAUUAUUAUCGGGGUUAUACUAGUUGUCUUAGCUAUCCUAUGUGUCGUAUCGCGCUUCUAUGCGAGAUAUAAUACUAAGGCUGGCUUUGAAUGGGAUGACUGGCUAAUAUUACUGGCGUUGAUAGUCAUUAUUAUCACCGACAUUUUGGUCUUAGUAGCAAGUAGCGUGGACCCGAACGGGGCCGUGGUGGCCUCGAACGCAGACCCAAGCUAUGAAUUCACCCCAGAAGAUAUAUGGUUCACAAAGGUCAACUACAUUGCCACUAUCUUAUACUAUACCAUCAUCUCUGCGACAAAGCUGUCUAUCCUCCUCAUGUAUAGACGCCUAUUCUCAGCAAACCAUUCAUUUCGUCGCCAGGUCCUCAUCCUAUCUCUUCUGGUGGUAGGAUUCUGGAUGGGAUGUACUGCGGCGGAUUUGUUAGAUUGUGUCCCAAUCGAAUGGACAUGGAACAACGCUCUGACUGAUCCACGAUACUGUUUCAACUAUAACAUAUUCUGGCUGGCGACUGGCAUUGUCGAAGCUUUAAUCGACGUGUUAAUACUUGCAAUGCCUAUCAGGCUAGUUGUCGGGUUACAAAUGAAUACGAGCAAGAAGAUCGCUGUGGCCGCCGUCUUCCUGUUGGGUCUUUUUGUAAUUCUUUCGGGUCUCGUUAAAGUAGCGUUCAGUUAUGUCCCAGGAAGUCGCAAUCCAUCGUUUAGUAAAACGGAAGUAUGGACGACUGUGCAUUGCUGCACCGGUGUCAUAUGUGCCUGUCUUCCAAUAUGUUGGACUUUAUUCUCUGGAUUUGCUAGGCCUAGACUGGGCUCUUGGUUGGCGAUCUCUUCUAUCAGGAAACGUUGGUACGGUUUUAGCGGUUGGUCUUCUGUGGACAGAACUGCGCCAAGGGGUAGUACCCUAGAAUUGGAGAGAAGCAUAGGUCUCAGUCCAAGAGAUUAUGACUUACCUAGGUAG